GAAAAAAAUCUACUUCACUUGUUUGCCAGAUACUCGUUGCUAGGCUCCGUGGUCUGAGAACUUAACGUUUCCUCAGAUUCAAAUUUGACAUCGAAAGCUGGAUGCACGUACACCGACUUCAAAUGACAAAUUGUGAUAAUUAAAAUAAUAUAUUAUAACAUUAUAUUGUACAUAAUGAUUUGUUUAAACAAGAUUUUUUUUAGUUUAUAAUAAUUUGUAUUUUUUGUCAACGAAGUUUGUUGUAUUGUUGUAUUCAUGCAACCAAAAAGUAUCUGAGCAAUUAACUUGAACGUCAUAAUUUUUUAUUUGCAUUUAUUUUAUUAAAACGUUAAAUAAUUUAUUGACAAAAAAUGCCACGCAAUAAGACAAACGCAAACUCAGCUGAUGAGAAUAAAAGGGAAAGAAAAGUAUCUAAAUCUAUUCAGUGUGAUAUUCAAACCGAUGAGAUAACUCGUUUGCAAGAACAAUUAAAAUUAUUACAAUUAGAGAAUGAAACUCUAAAAAAACGCGUUGACAAUAAUCCUGUGGCUUUUAAAAGCUUAUCACCAAAUAUUAAUGUCAGUGUCAGACGAAGUCCACGAAAAAACAAGAAUUUGAUAAAAACAGAAUCUCAAAUAAUGAAAAAUACAACGAAUCAAAAAACUUGUUCUUGCAAAGGUAAUUGUUCUAGCAAAGUAUGCGGUUGUGUUAAGAAUCAACGUAAAUGUAGUCCAAUUUGUAAAUGUAACAAUCAAUCUUGUAAAAAUCAGCAAUUAGAAAAUAAGGAAAAUAUGGAAAGUGUGCAAAAUAAGAUAAGUGAUGAAACAGUAAACUUAGAAAAUGCAUCUUCGAAAAAUGAAACCACACAUCAGCACUUAUUCAGUCCUACAAAUGGAACAUUGCAUGAAACCACAAUUAACAUUCAAAUGGAAGGAAUAUCUUUUGAUACUAAAAAGCAGUUAACUUAUGAUUCCGAUGAAAAUUCUAAGAAAAAGAUUGUAAAAAAGAACUUAAUCAAAGAGAAGAAAACUAAGCAACAAGAUGAAGAUGAAAACGAUAUUCCUAAGGUGUAUCCUAUUUUUGAUCCUAUGAAACCUAAUCGUCAAUUGCCACGAACACCACCACGAGCCAGUAUGGAAGAUGAAUGUUUAAUGUGUCCUGAAAAUAAUGUUUCAACAGUCGCCGAAACAUCUUCUGAGAAAGUCGAAAAUAUUUUACCAAAAGAAAAUAUUUUAGAAGGAUUGAAUCAAGAAAAUGUAGAUUUGGAUAAGCUGAGUAUAGUAUUAUUUGAAUGUAGUAAAUGCAAACGAAAAUUUUAUCCAUGGAGAGUAAAAGUACACGAAAGUGCCUGCCAUAAGUUAUAACAGACUAUUAACUUUUGAGUUUUUACUACAUUAACUUUUUUUUUUAAUAAAUGUAUAAUAUUUUUAAUGUAUAAUGUUUAAUGUACAUGUAAUAUGUA